ACCGCCAUUUUCCAACACUACCAUCCUGAGUGCUUUUACAGGCGAAAGAUUUGAAAUACAAGUGAGAAAUCGUGCGAUCUAAUAGUCCUCAGCAAUGCCGUCCCAGAUGCGACUGCUGGACUUUGGCGAUGGCACGGUGCCCAUCCAGCUGGACUACCCGGACACGACGAUCUUCAGCAACUGCGACAGCUACGGCGAUCGGGUUCCGGGCUCCCAUUGGAACGAGAUCACCCUGCACCAUCGCGGUAAACUGGAGUACUCGCCGAAUCGGCAGCAGAUUAUCAUGGAUGCCCUGUACCAAGCGGUAAAUGGUGCGGACUUCUAUCCGGUAUUCUAUCAGCGUGGGAGCAAGGCGGACACCCUGCUGGCGAGGAACUGCAAGGCGGCCAUCGACAAUCUCUUCAACCAGCGACUCACUAUCAGCCUGGGAGCAGGUGGCUCGUUGCCCAUCAGUGUCCAACUGGGCGUGGCCCAAUACAAGAUGAACCAGAUAUCGCCGACGUUCCUCAUCGCUCGGGUGGUCACUGGGUUAAUGAAGCGUCUGGUCCAAAAGGACGGUGUGGAUGGACUGCUAGACUUGGGUAGCUUUGGCGACCAUCCAGAGUUUAAGAACAUCGUGGUCAGCCUGGGCAAUCCAUGCAUCCUGAUGACCGUCUGCCAGGUGAUACACAACAACGACACCGAACGCUUCCGGGUGAACGGAUUCAUAUUGGCCAACAACCAGAUCCGGAAUGUGCGCCCCCUGACCCUGUUCGCCAACGUGGAUUACGCCUUGCUCGACUUGAGGGGCAAUAAGAUCAAGUCAGCCGAUCGUUUGUGUCGCGCCCUGGAACAAUUCCGGGCCAGAGAACUGCUCCUGGAGCAUAAUCCCAUUAUCAGGACUAAGAACUUUCCGGCUAGCAUCAGGCCGUUGAAGAAUAACUUCACGCUGGUGGAUGGAAAGCCCUUUGACAUGCUGCAAAAGUCCUUUUCGCCGCUGGAUGGAGAGAUAGAUUUGGAGUCCGAUGGAUCGCGGAUCGAUGCAAAUACCAAGUGGAAAGUGCCCGAGUUUGCCAACAGCCCGGACUGGCAUGCCUUUAUGAUACCCGAUCCCAAUCAGGAGUUCAGCAAGGAGGCGCUCUUCGACUUUUUCUUUAUUAUGCUGCAUCCGUCUCUGAGCGAGUUUUAUCCCUGCUACUAUAAGUACAUAAACACGGAUCACGUUUUCCUCGUGCGCAACUGCUUCGAUCAGAUUGAACACUUGGUAAACAGUUGCAAUCUGGAGAUGUCGAUACCGCCGGAUGGUCGGAUCUUUCGCUACUACCUGCGAAUGAACGUGAGCACGUUUAAGCAGCAUCAUGUCGAUCCGGAGAAGUGCAUACAGAAGGCAGUAUCGCUGUGUUAUGUGCCCCAGAACCGGCUGCUCAACCUGGAGCGGUUCCAGUACAACAAGAGCCUGCAGGACGUGGUGGUGUCACUAAGCUCGUCGAAGAUUUUGGCGCACGUACUGUCGGUGGCAUCGCGGCAAUUCAUGACCACCUGCUCGGAGAUCCGCUUGUGCCGCAAUAAGAUCCUGUCCGUGGAGAAAGUGGGUGUCCUAACGCAAAUGGGCUCCCUGCGUGCCGUUGAUCUGAGCCACAACUGGGUGCACGACCUGGAAUUGAUCAGGUUUCUUGGCAAUCUGCCUCUCAAAUCUCUGGUACUUCACGGGAACCCACUUUGCCGCAACUACAGUCUGCCCAGUGAGUACGUUCGGGCGGUUAAGCAGGUGUUUCCGCAGCUGACCACCUUGGAUGGCGUGGACCUGCAGACGAAUCCUGGACAAUCGGUGCAGAAGAACUUCCUUUGUGACAUUGGCGCCUAUGAGUUGGUUGGCCAGGUUUUCAUCAAAAACUAUUUGCGGGAGUUUGAGAGCGAUGACCUUCGUGGCGAUCUUACCAAGUAUUAUUCUGACAACUCGAUCUUCACCUUAACUUGCAACUAUGGCGUUGUUCAAAAUCACCAAACCCGCCAGAUCCUGCCCCGCAUCGCAAAGUACAACAAGCACGGGCGAAAUCUUUACAACAAGGACUUCUCGAGGCCUUCCAAUAGCGUCUACAUCGGCACUAACGAGAUCUUGGAUAUUCUGUUCCAACUGCCAGGGGUCACCCACGACUACCACUCCCUGCAGACGGACGUAAUGCACUAUGAUGGCAAAUCGGCUGCUAUUUACGUGACUGGUUUGCUACGCGAUGAGCCGCCGAUCACGAAGAUCAGUCAUGGUAACAGGCCUGACAUCGGCGGUGUCCUUUUGGGCUUCAGCCGCAAGUUCAUAGUCAAGUUCGAUGAGGAGGGCCUGGGCUUGGGUAAAAGAGCUCGCCGCCUAAAGAUCACAAACGAAAUUCUACACAUUACGAAUCCCUCGAAAAUUAUGAUCCAGAACGCCUUCAGUGUGCAUUACCCGGAUCCCAGUGAGCGUUCGGUGGAAGAGGACUCCCUGGAUGUCAAGGAUCACAAACUGCUAUUGUUUCAAGAGGUUACCGGGCUCAUUUCAACUUGGUGCACUUCGAUUGUUGAAGAAGCCGAGUGGAACUUUGAGAGAGCCCUGAAGAUAUUUAUCCAGAAGAAUGCGGCCAGUGAGAUCCCGAGCAUAGCCUUCGCCUAGAAAAUACGCUUAGUUGAUUAGAAACCCGAUCAACUUAUUUAUUUAAUGAAUCUAAAUAUUACGAAUCUAAGGGCACUGAAGAGCCAGAUAACGAAUCUCAUAUCAAUUAAAGUUCCUGUUAUUACUUGCAAUUGGUAUACCCAAUUUCAACUAGAAGUUUGCAGCGCAGAAAAGGAGAAACCUUCGACCUUAUAAAGAAUAUAUACUUUUGAUCAGCAUCUAGACAUAUCCGUCCGUUGUUUUCUAUCCCAAUUGUAAAGCUAUCGGGAUACUACUUUCCCAAGUCUUCUUUCUAUUGCAGGUGGAAUAUAAGUCGAAACGGGUCGGAUCGGACUAUUAUAUCCUGUAGAUCACGCAUUAUUUAUAUACAAAUCUGCAACAAAUAUACGGCAAUAUGGCAAAAGGAAUUUUUAUAUGUCCGCUUCGCUUAACAUGUUUCGGACCGUAUUGGAGUCCGUCUUCAGUGAUGUGUUACCCGGCAUAUAUUCCAACUGUUUUCUGGUUUAUUCUUCGGCAGAACUUUAGAAAUCUAUUCCAUCUAGUAAAACCUUAAUUAGUAAAUUUAAGCCGGCACCUUCUGACAUUCAAAGCAAUUUCGACACCCAAUAAAACUGCCUUGGAUUACCAUUAAA